AUGGCGACUCCAGGCUUCAGGCUCGGAAUUGAGGUCGAAGCUCUUUUGAUCCCUCAUGACCAGAAAGUCAUCCCUCUGGGCAAGGGCCUUGCGGAGUUCGCCAGUCUGAUCACCAAGAGCUACAACUCAAUGAGAGAUCCAAAGAAGAAUUACUCUAUGCGAGCAGACAUAGGCAGAAAGUACCAAGGAGUUGAGUAUCAGGACUGGGUCCUUACUAAUGAUAUUACCUUGAAGGGUGAUGAGAAAAUGAUGUACAUGGUUGAGAUUGUGUCCCCAAUCCUUAAAGCGGAGCCAUACAAGGGCGGAUGGCGUUCUGAAAUCAACGACAUGUUCAAGUACCUCAAUACCCUCUGUGCCGUUAGGUCAAACAGGAGUUGUGGUUUCCAUGUGCACCUCUCCCCAAUGGGAAGCAGCUGGUCGCUUAAGGAGCUUCAGGGCAUAUCCAUUGCAGUGAUUCACUUCGAAUGCGCAUUCGAGGCCUUGAUUCCCGAGACUCGCAGAGGAAAUCAGUUUAUCCGAAGUAAUCGGUUUUUCGGCAACGCACUCCUGGAAGAUCUGCAACAUUCUGAGUGCAUCAAGCAGAUACAAUUGCAGAAGACCGUGAAGGAUCUCGCUGGACUGAUGAGCGCAGAUCGCUACACUACGUGGAACUUCGAGAACCUGAAGGAGGACUACCGCAAGGGCACCAUCGAGUUCCGCCAGCCGCCUGGUCAGACGCACGCAACUGGCUGUCUCUCGUGGAUUGAGCUGGCGAUAGAUUUCGUCCAGUCUGCGCGGCGUAAGGACUGGCAUACCAAGGUCAAAGACUACCCGCAGAACGUUUCCGGUCUGAGGAGGUUUAUUUCGGAAGGUCUCGUCGAUGGCCUGAGCAGGGAGUGCUUUCUGGGGCCUUUGCUGAACAGCAAGGAUGGGAUUGCGAAAUUUGUUCCCAAGGCACCGGACUACGAUACCACAUUAAUGGCAAAGAAGGAGAAGGAAGACAAAAAGAAGAACAUACUCAUGGAGAAACUAAAAGAGAACCUUAAGAAGGAGCUCAAGAAUCCACAGAUGUGGUUCACAGCUUAUGAGCUUAGCGUCAUGAAUAUUGGCAGUUCUGGUUUCUUUGUGGCGCAGGGCAAGGUAUUGUCAUCGGUCUCCAUCAUCGGUUGUGCAAAAUGA